AUGAGCCCCUACGAGAUCGGCCUCAUCAACCGCCUCUCAAGCAGCGCGCGUGACACCUUCGCGCGGCCUCCGCAAGCCACCGCGCAAUCGCCCGACGGCCACAUUCCGCGCCAGCCGCCCGACGCCCCGCAGAGCGCGGAAACACCCACCGCGCCGAGCGGCGCAAGCGCCAUGGAGGCAGUGGUGGUGUGCCGCGAGGGCGAGCCGUUCACGGUGGUGGCGCAAGCGAGCUUCCGCGCGCCGUUCCGCGUGGAGAUGCGCGUCGCGGGGCAAUCGCUCGGGUACACGGAGUAUUUCUACUCGCCCGGGGAGAUUAACCUUCACUGGUUCCAGGGCUGGCAUCUGGGGCAGGGCCAGUUCGCGCCCUUCACCUGCGACCCGGCGAUGCCGCGAGAUGCGGGCGUGGAGUCGGAGGCACGCGCAAAUUGCUCCGCCGGAAUAGCGCCUCUUAAGCCGGCGCAAAUGCUGCCGAGAAAGUCGCGAGGGCUCUGGCCGCAGGGCUGUGCGGCGGGUGAGAAAGAAUCUUCGACGAGUCGAGGGAGCCGGCGGAAGGCGGUAGGCGGCACGCGCGGGAUGCAGAGCGGCGGGAGGCGCGGAACGGGAGGGGCACAUGGCGGGGACACGGGGAAGGGAAGUGGGCGCAGACAUGCGGGAGUGGCCGGCGCGUGGUGGUGCUGCUCCAGCGCGCACUCUGCGGUGGUGAAGAUGACUGCGCCGACGACGGGUGCGCGGGGAGGAAUGGAACGGCGGAGGAAGCUGCACUGGCGAGGCGGACAUAGAGCGCCGCAGCCGCAGCAGAAGCAGCAGUGGCAGGGGAAUGAAAAGCAGGGGAAUGGGGAGCAGGCGGCAGCGGAGGUGGUUCGGGCGGAGCAAGAACGGGAGGAGCUCGACGGGUGCGGGUGGAGGGACGAGCGGGCUGGGUUGCCCAUUCCAUCCGCGCUCGCUCUCUCCUUCGACCCGUGUUCCAACGCACUCGACACCAGCAGCAGCGACGGCACCGACUCCCUUUCAUCUCCCCCUUCAUCGCCCCCCUCCUCGCCUUUCCACCCUCGCCAUGUGCCCACAGGCGCGAAGCAAGCAGAGGUGGACGUUGAAUUGGGCGCAGUGGGUGGUGAAUGCAGCGCAGGCGAGCAACAGGCGGGUGCAGCCUGCAGGGUGCAGUGCUUGCCGGCCUCCUUCUCCCACCCGUGCACCCUGUCGUCGCUGACUCAAUCCGCGCUGCACCCGAGCGCUCCGUGUGAUGCUGCUGACGCACCCACCAGAACGGAUGACGAGGAUGGGGAUGAGAGCUCCAACGCAGAUCACGAGGACGCGGCGAGCAGCAGCAGCGACUCAGACACAGCAGAGGACGACCCGGAUGGGAGUACUGUGCCCUAUCGGUCAUGCCUGCCACCUCUCCUCUCCCUCUGGCCGCGGUACAAGCUCCCUCCACAGCAUCGCAGCGUCCCACCCGUCCUCCCAUCAGACCUGCCCUCUCUCACCCCUUCGACCCACCCCUUGGUGGUGGAUUUCCGAGUGGACGUGCUCUUCCAGUCCAUCCGCCUGCUGCCCUGCACCGCUCUCACUACCCAUGUCACCAGCUCCAAUCCCACUGAUGGCCCCACCCACACCAAUGCUCAGUGCGAGCACUGUGAGAAGCGCCUCAGGUGGUACCUGGGGGAGGUGGCUUCUGGCCCGGCUGCACCUGUGGCUGCUUCAGGGGCGACAGGGGCUCAUGCAGAGCAGGCGGGUGGGGGCGGUGAGGAGAGGGGCGCAGAUGGGGGAGGUGGGACCUCAGUGCUGGAUGUGCCUGGUCCGGUGCCGUUUCACUAUGAGGACUUAGACCAACAGGCGGAGGCGGGUGGCGGAGGCGGUAGAUUCGGUGGAGGGCGCAAUCGUGAACGGGCGGAGGCGCAGAGGGGUGCGCGCGGAGGCGGGCGGCGGGCGCAAGGGCGGGCGGUGACGGCGGAAGAAGAGGCGCUGCAGUCGCUGCUGGAAGACUUGAGUGCCAUUUUCCGCCCUGUUCCCUCCCCUCCUCCGCAUCCUCCCUUCCGUCCCGUCCUUACUUGCUCUCUUCCCCCACCUGCUCUCGCUUCCACCUUCACUCCCCUUCAGUCCCCCCCCACCCCAGUUAUGCCAAUCCACAACUUCCCCACCUUCCCGCACCUUUCCCCACUCCCCCCUGCCCCCUUCCUCUUAAGAGGCUGGCAGGAGGAAGCAGGCAGGGCAGCGGCGACUAGGCAGCACAGCUCAACCGACCACUUUGAAGCCUCCCUUCGUUACUAUCACACUGCCCUCUCCUCCCCCGCCCUCACUCCUGCCGCCCGCCUCUCCGUGUUGUUUGACAUGGGGGAGGCUUAUCUGGGGCUCGGGGAGGCGCAGCUAGCAGACGGGAAACGGGCGGUAGGGGGACCGAUGAGUCAGCCGGUGCUGACGUGGCAAGUGGUGAAACGGCUGGAGAGGGAGGCUGCCACGUCAGCUGCUGACUCGUCCCGACUCGCAUUCGAGGCAUUCGAUGAGAUCUGUCGUGUGGGGCGCACCCUUCUCUCUGCUGCUGACUCAUCAGGGGGUGCCCAGUCAGCCGCUGAUGUCAGCAGCGGAGGAGGCGGGAGAGGAGGCAGAGGGAGGGGAGGGGGAGAGGGAGGGGGGAAUGCUGACGUGGCGGAGAUGGUGCAAGGGGCGGCAGUGAAUGCAGCGAAUGCGCUGGUGGCGUGGGCAGAGGCGGUGGGGGAGGUGGAGGAGGGGGAGGAGGAGAAGGAAGAGAAGAGGGGGGAUGGAGCGUGCGAGGGUAUGGCAGUGGAUGGGGGGGAGCAGCAGCAGGCGCAGGCACAGCAGCAGCAGGAGCGGGCGAGGCAAGGGGGAGUGACGGCGGCACAACUGCUGCGCGAAGCGGCAGCACGAUACGAUGCUGCAGCAGCCACCGCACCAUCUGACACAGACCUGCUGUCCAACCUGGGCGACUGCGCUGUCAAGACGACCGAGCUCCUGUGUCCAGAGCGGCCAGUGGGCGAGGGGGCGGUGGCAGCAUGGGGGCAGGCGUGGGGGCAGUACGAGAGGGGCAUGGGGGCGUAUGGUGCUGCGUGCUCGCUGUGUGAUGCGCGGGUGGGGGACGACCUGCCAGGGCUGCUGCACAACUGGGGCGUGGGGCUGCUGUCCGCCGCGCAGCGCUGCCCCGAGCCUGACCAGGAGGUUCGGCUUCUGACAGAAGCUGCGGAGAAGCUUCAAAGGGCAGCCGAUUUCCAGCCCACAGAUAUCGCCUCUCGUCUGGCUCUGGGGGAGGUGCUAUCUGCGCAGGGGGAGGUGUUAUCCGCUCAGAGGGCCGAAUCAGCAUUGCCAUCUGCCACCCUACAGGAGGCCCUGCACCUGCUCUCCCUCUCUCUCUCCCGCGGAUUCUCUGCCGCCCUGCGAAUCGACUCUCGCCACCCUGAAGCGCUCCUGGGGGCGGCAGAUGUGCACCUGUCUGCCGCCCGGCUGCUGAUGGGGCGGGCGGCGGGCAGGGAGAGGGGCGGCGGUGGUGGCCGCAGGGAGAGUGGCGGAGAAGGCAUGGGUGGUGGGGAUGAGGUGGCAGCAUCGCUGCCUCAAGAGGCGGUGGACCACUUGCAACAUGCCAUGUCAGCGUACCGUGCUGCCAUGGUGGCAAUGAAAGCCACGGAUGUCAUGUCAUAUGCAGACCAAUGCAGUGGCCUGUACAACAUGGCAUGCGCUGCUGCUCUGGCAGGGCUGCUUGCUGAGUCAGCAGACAUUCUUGCCAGGCUGGCCGCAAUUGGUUGGCUCUCCAAGGGAGAUUUGCUGAGUGACGAGGAUUUUAGAUUUCUCAGGCAGUCCCCGGUAUACACAUGCUUGCUGUCUGGAUUAACGGUGCAAGAAUCAUUGUGA